AUGGAUCCCAUUCCUUCAACAGCAGAUCAAGUUGACUCCGAAUCUUCUCAGGAAGAACUGGAAUGGCCACGCUUUCCUCGCGGAGCAGAUAUAAGGGGCUUCGCUGCCUACAAGCCACUACUACCAGCAAGGGAGACAGCGACUCCAGCAACAUGCCCACCACUGCUCCUCCUCGACAACGCAGACACGCUCGUGUUUAUUGACACGCCACCACAGCCCUCGUCCGCGUCGAUUCUACCGACCUCGACUGAGUCGAUCCCACAUCGCAUACACAGCGAGAAGCUCCUGGAAGCCGGGUCCCCGUUCUUCAAGAGGCUGUUCAACCUACGGACGCAGAGUCGCGUGAUCAAGCGCCGCGCACUCGCGGACAGGAUGAUCGACGGGAUCAAAUAUGCCAUCGAGCUCACCCCGCCCACCGAGGGAGAGGAGGCCGUGUUGACUGUCACGGAGCUCUCUUGUCCGCUUGGUAUCCGGACCUGGGCUCGCGCUCAAUCCCGCUGGGGGCUACCCUUGUCUUGUGUGGGAGGGGCAGACGAGUAUGAGCGAUCGGGCACGGCUGCUACGAACGGGAAGGCGCUCCCACAGGAGCAGAAUGUCUCCCCUUCGGUAUCUUCCGAGAAAAGUUCCUUCAAUGGGUUGGCCGCACCCAAGGGCUCUGAGAUACCGGUAGACUACUCUCCGCUGCGUCAUCGCGCGGGCAUCGAGCAGAUCCUGCAGGCUUUAGAGGGCUUCCUUCCCGACAUCGACACACCGUGCAAGCUUUGGACUUUCUUCGGCUUGGCCAGGCUCUAUGGUAUCGCCACGGUGCCGAGGAUCUGCCAUCUGAUCCUCUCCUGGUUCUAUCAAUCUACGAAUGCCCGCCUCCUGGAAGUUCAACCGGAGCUCAGCUAUCGAAUUGCUUGUGGCGUACAAUGUGCCACUCUUUGCCGCGACACUUUCGCCAUCCUUGUCGGCGAAGAGGCCAUGCUUCUCCUUGCUAACUCCAACGCGGAUACCCCUGCCCCUCUACGAAGACCAGAGAAGACACGGUAUGGGCGCCUCCGCGAAUCACUCAAUGACACGGAGCUACAGCGGAUUGAGUAUGCCAGUAAAGUCUUUCUGGAGCAUGUCGCCAAUAAAUUCGUGAACUUGAUGGGCGCUGACAUGGCCUGGCUCAAUCAGCUCUCUGAGUACCAGAAGGUCUUCCACUACCAGCCGAGAACUUUGCAAGGACAUAUAUGCAAGGAUGAUUUACUCGUUCACCUCAAGCUCUUUGUGAGAAGCAAUCUUCUUUCGACAUUGGUGCACAAUCAUAGUAGCACAUGGACCCCAGGACCAUUCUUCCCUGCAAAAAAUAAGGGUAAUGCUAAUGCUGAUGAUGACGGCUAUCCAUCGAACACAUUUCGCGCAGCAUACAAAAGCAUGUUUCUGGCCGAGCGCAUUAUGAGCAGAACAUUCUGGCAGAAUCUUAAAUCCGAGUCGCUCGAGAGUAACUGGCGAUGUCGCCGUCAACCGUCAAUCAUCGCUUCUCUUGCGAGAUACUUACCACAAUUCCUGGACCGCGAGGACUGGAUUAGCAGCGCUGUAUCGCCGGAAACACUCGGAAACAAGAUCUCAGACUUCAAUGUCUUCUACGACAUGCACCUUCAAAACGGUGGUCUGGGCACAACCGCAAGCCAACCUCGAUCGACAAAUCCUUUCAAAACUGGGUUCACUCAGUACAGCGGAGCAUCUGCGCAUGAAGUUUGGGAGGGGAAUAUGUUCUCAACCUCAUCUGAAGGAUUUAACAGAAGUGUCUUCUUCGAGCAGGUGCGGUCGUACGUGGUCAGCUACGCCGACAAGAUGACCACGCCUCCUCAUUCGAAUCACAUCUACGAAUUCACGGACGUUCUGACGUGCCUCACGGAUAAAGAAUUCAAAUAUCUUCCCCUGUGGGCUGGAGGCAAUGAUGACGGCUCUGGAGGCGUCUUCAUAGACGAGAAUAUCCCCGUCAUGGAAACGGGCGGGUUCUCGGCGCCAGGACCGGCCAUCCAUACAGGCAGUACUGCGUCGACUAUCGACUCGUAUUCCAACAUUGCUCCCUCGGACGCUGAUAGCACGGUCGAGGGUGUGUCUCACAGAGCUACAGAAAGCCACACCACCGAGGUGGUGUCGUUAUCAACUGAGAGCGAGUUGGGAAGUAGCAGAGACAACGAGCACGACUUGACUAAGUGGCAGACGGCAGACGACGAUGGAUUUGAUUUCAGUUCUGCGGACGAUGAUGCGGCGGAUUUUGACUCCGACAGUGAUUCCGCUGAUACCAUUAUCAUGGACUCGAUGGAUCACAGUGGUUUCGUGAGUGAUUUCGAGGACCUGCACUUGAGCGAUCGCGCGUCGUCUCUUUCGCAUUGA